UUCACUCCGGCUCUUAUACGUCACCGGAACAGCAUGGAGGCACGAUGCAGCUGUAGAAAUGAAUGAGUGUAGAUAGUGUUCGUGUUGACAUGGUUUUAAAUGCAACGUCGUAAUGUUUUAAGUAGAUAAACAGACUUAAAAGCCUGACGGACUCAACAAUGGAGUGUGACAUUUUGGACUCGUUGGAGCAGCUGGGCUAUGACGGCCCUCUGCUGGAUGAGAAGGCGCUGCUCGGAGCCGCAGAGGGAGGCCUGUCCUCGCAGGAGUAUGUGGACCUGUGCAGGUGGCUGGCAUCCAGGUUAAAGCCGCUGUGUGACCUGGAGGAAAGCAUCACAUCCGGUCCAGACGACAUGGACAGCCUCCAGGUUGAGAUGAGCGGCUUGUUGAAGGAGUUGCACUGUCCUUAUGAAGAAGUUGUUUCAGGGAUUCUCAAGGGCAGCGUGCAAAACACAAAAGAUCAUCUCAAGUGUGUCUUGUUUCUCAGCUCUGAGCUCCAGGCGGCUCAGAUUGUGGGGAGCAGGCAAGUCUCUGAUAAACAGCAAGACAAGAAACCGGUGCAUCAGGAGCUUCUAGCAAUCUGUGAAACGCUGACGUUAUCAGAGCCAAGAGGACCAGACGCAGCAGGAGUCUUCUCCCAAAUACAAUGCAAGGUUGAUAAAGUACUUAAAGAUUUUCCAAAGGUCUCCAUUGGAAGCCCAGUGCUCAAGAAUUCUCUCACCAGCGAACAGUGGGAGAAGUUGCACAAUAUCAACACAGUCCUGUCCUCGGAGUACGAGUGUCGGCGCAGGAUGCUGAUCAAACGGUUGGACGUCACGGUUCAGUCUUUCGGGUGGUCAGACCGAGCCAAGGUCAAGGUGGACAGCAUGGCGAGGGCCUACCAGCCAAGGAGACACUCUCUGAGGCCACAGUCCACAGUGGACAUGGCCAGGCUGCUGGCUGCCAGAGAAGACCUCUGCAACGUGGUGAAGACCAGUAGUGGCUCCAGCAGAGAGAAAACAGCUUGUGCUGUCAACAAGGUCCUGAUGGGGAGAGUGCCAGACCGAGGAGGACGUCCCUCAGAGAUAGAAGCCCCGCCCCCUGAGAUGCCACCCUGGCAGAAAAGACAAGACGGUGGAGGUGGCUGGGGAGGCCGUGGUGGAAGAGGAGGAAGCUGGGGACAUGGAGGAGGAGGAGGAGGAGGAGGAGGAGGUGGUGGUGAUGGAGGUAGUUGGAGAGGAGGUGGAUGGAACCAAGGAGGACAUAGUGGACAUGGAGGUUAUGGUGGAUAUGGAGGACACGGAGGGAAGAGAGGACGGUACCAGUAUUAAUUUCUACUGAUUUUCUUGUGUAGUGAUCAAUUCUGUUUUCUAUAUUUUCUAUAGAAGAACACCUUUUUCUAAAAUGAUGGCAGACUUAGCAACAUUCAGUGACAAAUGUGACCCAUCUGGAUGAUUUUACUUUUAUUAGUGUUUUAAUUUGCUUUUUUUUUUUUUUUUUUUUUAAUAUAUAUUCUCAUCAGUGUUUUUUUAUUGAAAAUACCAGCCAUAAUAUCUAGAUCAUAUCAUCUUGAAUACUGAAAGGAGGGACAAACACACUACAUAUGCUUUCCCAACUUGAAAUAUGAACAUUUUGAAAGCUUUUGCAAGUUAAGACGGAUGUUGGGACAGACUGAAGGAUGUGGAGUCAAAGUCUGCAAAAACACAGGGAGGUUCAGCUUCUGAACUUAACUGUAGUUCCACUGUGUGAACCUCAAGUGUGUACCCUCCCCCCCUGUCAGUUUUGACAGUCACUCUUUUUUUAACACAUACAGUAUUUCACUUUAGAUUUCAAGCUAUAAAACAUAAGAUCAAAAGUGAUUUCCUCAAAGUCUGUACCAGCUUUAUACAUUGCGACUGUGAUCCUUUUCAACCUCUGAAUUUAUUUAAUAAAGACCAAUUAAGUAAA